UGAUCGUGUAAGGACCGCUUUAGGCUUUUAUAAACAUUUAGUCCAACAUUUUAAAUGCAGUGGAUUGGAAAAUUGUCUAUCGUUGAAUAAGAUUCAUUCAUUCUAUAUUUUCUUUCUGCACUUCAACCAUAAUCAAAUGAGCCUAAGUAUUCUGAAACGCAUAAAUAAAUAAGAACAAGCAUCUCAGAAUUCAUCAAACAUUGAUCAUAAAUUGAAUUAUGAUUUAUUACUAUUUUACCUUAAAAUGAUUGUGAAAACAUGUGGAGACUUUUUCGUGCUGUGUAUAGAUGUUGAAAAAAAAUCAUCUGGCAUCACCAGUCAGGAGAGAACCGAGGUCAUAACAGAAACACAAUCAAACAGCGCAAAGGCUUCGUGACGAACGGGAGCUUCGAGGAAGGUUGAUUGUACGAGAAGCGAUAAGCGCCUUUGUUGUGUUUCGCGUUUGUUUUUAUUCCGUCUUAUCACCCAAAAUACCGCAUAAAAAUUCUAAAGUGGGUCGUUCAACGUAUGUCGUCAUAGUGGGAGGAUUUACGGAGCAUAAUCGCAAUGUUUACGUUAGUGAAAUUCAUUGUUCUAUUUGUGGCUUCGGUGAGAACUGGAUGGUGUUUGCGCGAAUCCAACAGCCUGGAACGGAAGCUUACAGCUUACUUGAAUCCUGGAUGUCCGGAGAAUAUCUGUUUGGGGAAUAGCACCGAUGUUACGUUGAUUCACAUUAGGGCCGACUCAGCGAUAGACACGAUUCAUUAUGUUUGGGAUUUCACCGGAAAACCGACCAUUUUGGUGGCUCUGACCAGUAAAAAUGCUUCUCUCGUUAUUCAUUGGGAUGACUUCUUCGCUGAUAAAUCAGAAUCGGUUCAGUUCACUGAACAGCCAAAGUACACAUUCAUGACAAUCAUCAAUAGGAUUUUCCAAUUUGAUGAUCCGGAGGAUAAAGGAACUUUCGCCAACAAUUCAGCAGUGUUUGUGUAUGAUCCUUAUCAAUUUGUAUGGAAUCGAACGUUGCUAUGGUAUAACGAGAAGGAUGUGAUUGCGGCCUUGAAUGCUGGCAACGAUUUUCUCGUCAAGCUCAAUGCCUAUUCGACACGAGACCACGGAAUAGAGUAUCCGCAUCUGCUGCACUCUUCCAAUGCAACCCAGAUCGAUAUAGUGUUUAAUAAUGUCAGUUCGAAAUUUGAACGCCCAAGGUUUGCCAUCGAACUACUGUUUGUGGUAUCAGAGCAGGCAGUGACCGGAACAGACUUUGAGAUUACCAAACGAAAAAAUCUGGACGACGAACAUACACCUGGCAUUUUUGAAAUUAUCGAUGUGCUGUCACCGGGUGCUUUCAAAUUUUCCGCUGGUGGUUACAUCGAGUAUCGUCCAGUGUCAUACACCCAGCCAGAGCGAGAUGUGUCCACCUCAACGGAAACCCACCAGAGCGAACCGACGGCGAUCUUGUCCCCAUCGGAGAAAUUGAACACAACGCUGGCCUACGCAAUUUACGGCCAGCGGUUGGAUACCCUGCUGGUUCAGGGAAUGAACAUUUCGUUUGGUUUCAGCGGCGAUGGUUUCUACAGCAAAACGAACUACACAACGAUGACAUUCCAGGUGGGCUAUGGAUUUCCUCCGAUCGAAGAGCUGUCCGCUUUUGUUCUGAUUGUGGCCGGCAUCGGGAUAGGUGUGCCGCUCAUAAUGCUCGUUAUCGGUGGACUGUACGUUUUCAUCAGGAAGCUAAGGAAUCGCAGUGCAACACACGUUUGACUGAUCUGAUAUCAUUAGUGGUCCAACUUGGUCCAACCCUAGAACCAAUUACGUCCGGAGAAAAAUGAAAUUGGAUUAUUUUAAUCUUGUUUCAUAAGUUGAUAGUUGCAAGUAAGAUAAAUAGUAUAAUCAUUAUUUAUAAUAGGCAAAUUGUUGAGGCGUACAUAUUGAAGAUAAUAAAGUUUAAUUUUGUAGCAAAAUCA